AUGUCCGAAAUCACGAUUGACGCCAAGACGUUCCAGGACCGCGUGGGCGACUUUGUUAACGCCUGGAAGGCCGACGCGAAGCGAGCUGGUGAUGAUGGCGUGUUCAACGGUGCGAGCUCCAUCCUCGUAAUGAUGGGCAAAGUUGAGGAGGUGCCCGAGUAUCAGAAGAACAAUGCAGUUCAUUUUUGGCUACUGGGCUACGAGUUUCCUACGACCUUAAUGCUCUUGACGCAGGAGACCCUCUACAUCCUGACAACGGCGAAAAAGGCAAAGUACCUCGACCAGAUCAAGGGCGGCCGCUUCCCGGUCGAGGUGCUUGUGCGCGGCAAAGACGCUGCCGAGAACGACAAGCUGUUCCUCAAGGUUAUCGAUGCCAUCCGGACAUCGGGCAAGAAACUCGGCGUGCUCACCAAGGACACGUCCCGUGGCCCCUUUGUCGACGAGUGGAAAAAGACGCUGGAGGAAAACGGGAAGGAUAUUGAGCAGGUGGAUAUUAGUGCCGCCCUGUCGUCUGCUGCUUUCGCAGUCAAGAACGAGACGGAGCUCCGUGCCAUGCGUACAGCAUCUCGGGCCUGCGUUGCCUUGAUGCAUCCUUACUUCCUAGAUGAGAUGUCCGACGUUCUCGACCAGGACACAAAGAUCCGCCACACCGAUCUUGUCGACAAGGUGGAGAAGAUGAUCGACAACAAGAAGUUCUGGAAGACGGUCGAGUUGCCCAACAAAUCGAAACUGCCGGCCGAGUUUGACGUCGAGCAGCUUGAUUGGGUUCUUGGCCCAAUUGUUCAGAGCGGCGGCAAAUUCGACAUCAAGUGGCAGACCGAGGUCAACAACGACUACCUUCGGCCCGGUAUUAUUAUUGCUGCCUUGGGCAUGCGCUACAAGUCGUACUGCUCGACCAUUGCGCGCACAUUUUUGGUUGACCCCAACAAGGCGCAGGAAAGCAACUACCGCCUCUUGUCGGCUGUCCACAGCCUUGCUCUCAAAGAGAUCAGCGACGGCGUUCUUUGCAAAGAUGUCUACGCCAAGGCCCUCGGCUACAUUCGCAGCAAGAAACCGGAGCUGGAAAAGAACUUUAUCAAAAAUAUUGGCUAUGGCAUCGGUCUGGAGAACCGCGACUCUACGCUGCUCCUCAACGGCAAGAACACUCGUGUCCUUAAGGAUGGCAUGACGCUCUGCAUCACGACGGGCUUCAGCGACAUCGAGAACGCGCAGUCCAAGGACAAGAACGACAAGCUCUACUCGCUUGUCAUUACCGACACCAUUCGUGUCACAGCCGGCGAGCCGGUCAUUUUCACAGGUGAUGCACCGAGCGAUGCUGACGCAAGCUCGUUCUUCUUCAAAGACGAAGAAGAGGCUCAACCCACUCCUAAGAAAGAGAAGAAGGAUGCCCGCGUCGGCGCUGUUGCUACCAAGAACAUUACUAGUACGCGCUUGCGUUCAGAGCGUUCGACGCAGGUGGACGAGGAUGGCGAUAAGCGCCGCCGCGAGCAUCAAAAAGAACUCGCGCAAAAGAAGCAGCGCGAAGGCCUGGAGCGCUUUGCUGAGGCCACCGGCGGCCAGAACGGCAAAGAGAUCAAGAAGUUCAAACGCUUCGAAUCGUACAAGCGGGACAACCAAUUCCCGCUAAAGGUUCGCGAUCUCGGCAUCGUUGUCGACACCAAGAACAGCACCGUCAUCCUGCCCAUCAUGGGCCGUCCCGUGCCGUUCCACAUCAACACGAUCAAGAACGCAAGCAAGAGCGACGAGGGCGAUUGGUCGUUCCUCCGCGUCAACUUCUUAUCUCCGGGCCAGGGCGUCGGCCGCAAAGAUGAUCAGCCGUUUGAGGAUGCGUCUGCCCAUUUUGUGCGCAGCUUGACGUUCCGCUCGACAGACGGUGACCGCUACAACGACAUUGCCAAUCAAAUUGCUGGCAUGAAGCGUGACGCCACCAAGAAGGAGCAGGAGAAGAAAGACAUGGAGGAUGUUGUAGAGCAGGACAAGCUGAUUGAAAUCCGGAACCGGCGGCCAGCCGUACUUGAUAAUGUCUUUAUCCGCCCGGCCAUGGAAGGCAAGCGCGUGCCAGGAAAGGUCGAGAUCCACCAGAACGGUAUCCGCUACCAGUCGCCGCUGAGCGCGCACCAGCGUGUCGACAUUCUGUUCUCCAACGUCCGCCACCUCUUCUUCCAGCCGUCGCAGCACGAGCUGAUUGUCAUCAUCCACAUCCAUCUGAAGGAUCCGAUCAUCAUAGGGAACAAGAAGAAGACGAAGGAUGUGCAGUUCUACCGCGAAGCCACCGACAUCCAGUUCGACGAGACCGGCAACCGGAAGCGCAAGUACCGGUACGGCGACGAGGACGAGUUCGAGGCCGAGCAGGAGGAGCGUCGCCGGCGCGCUGAGUUGGACCGCCUCUUCAAGAGCUUUGCCGAGAAGAUUGCCGAGGCCGGCCGCAACGAGAACCUCGAGGUCGACAUGCCGAUUCGCGAGAUCGGCUUCAAUGGCGUGCCUUUCCGUAGCAACGUCUACAUCCAGCCGACAACCGAGUGUUUGAUCCAGCUGACGGAGCCGCCCUUCAUGGUUGUCACGCUCGAAGAGAUUGAGGUGGCACACUUGGAGCGCGUGCAAUUUGGACUCAAAAAUUUCGAUUUGGUGUUUGUUUUCAAAGACUUUUCGCGCCCGCCGUUCCACGUCAACACGAUCCCCGUUGAGUCGCUCGAGGACGUGAAGGAGUUUUUGGACUCGUCAGACAUUGCGUACUCUGAGGGUCCGCUGAACCUCAACUGGCCGACGAUCAUGAAGACGGUCACCGCCGACACGCACCAGUUCUUUGCCGACGGUGGUUGGGGCUUCCUACAGAACGAGUCGGACGACGAAGACGGCGAUUCUGAGGAGGAGGAGGAGAGUGCGUUCGAGAUGAGCGAGAGCGAGCUCGAGGAGCCGUCUGAGUCGAGCGAGGAAGACUCCGAUUUUGAUUCGAAUGCCUCGGACGAGGCAAGCGAUGAGGACGCCAGCGAGGAGGAAGACGGCGAGAGCUGGGACGAGCUCGAGCGAAAGGCGAAGAAACGCGACCGCGACACAAACCUAGACGACGACGACCGCGGUAGCAAGAAGUCGCGCAGGCGCUAG